UCUGGGAAAUUCUAGGGUUCCGUUACUUUGUACCAAUCGCGCGCGAAAACGAAUCAAACGCAGCGUUUCUUAAAUUGAAAUGGGUUAAAGAAAUUUUGCAGCACAUAUUUAUUUCUCUUUUUAUUCUUUUUAUUUUCGAACAAACAAUAUCAUCUAUACUAAUAAUGUGUUAGCAAGAAUGUAGUUCAAAUUUAUUUUUGAUGUUAUUAGUGAAAAGAAAAUCACUAGACCAUAGUACAAAACGACAUUUUCCCAUCUUUAGAUUAAAUAUAAAUUCCAACAACGUAUGUCUUUUGCAGGGUAACGUCUACAAAUUAAACUAAUAAUUUUAGGACAGCUGCUAAUAUUUUCAUAAUUAAGUUUAUCCUUGUAUUAUGCCCAUGUAAUGAUGGUCGAAAAAAGUGAUAUCAUUUUUGCAUCUUCCCUUUGUCUCCAAACCCAGAUUUUUGCAUAUCACAAAAUUAAUAAUAUACCAAAUAAUUAAUCACCAAAAUCUUUGAUUUACUUAACAAUCGGAAAUCAUUUUCCUUACUCAAAAAGCAAAUGAGGUACACAUAUAGUGACUGUAACAAUGAUACUAAACCACGUGCCGUAACAUUAGUGGUGUGAGGAUCCUCUCCGGAUUCUCAAAUCGUUGAUGUUUAUCGUACAUCGUGCGAAUAAUUUUCGUAAGAUAUUAUUAAUAUUUAAUUUUAAAUAAAAGUAUUUAAAAUAAUUUCUGACACAUAAUAUACAAUAAACGGAUACGAUUUGAGGAUCCCCAUGAUCCUCACAAAGAGGAUCCGACAAGGAUCUUCAUUCACAUUAGUGGACAACAAACUUCUACCCUCAUUGUGUUUAACGUAUAAUUUUAAUAAAUAUAUACGUGUUACAAAAUGAUUGGAUUGGUAAUUCGAAGCAGCAGAGUUACGGUUACACUGAAUAAUUUCUCCGCUAAGAGCGCCUAUACACGUGAUGCACCUGUGACCUGUGUAAGGGGGAUGUUGCAGACAAUUAAUUCGCCAUUAGCCAGAAGAUUAGGCUGUAAAUUUUACUUAAUUUGUAGGAUUUAGUUCCAAUAUAUGGCUGUAAAUACUUAUAGGAAGAAAAGCCAUUGUCCAAAAAGCACAGUCCUCAUCUUUUGUAACCAAAACUGUGUGAUAAGAAAACCCUUUUGUCUCCUGAUGGAAUUGGAGUCUAUGAAACAUGAAGCUGCCAGUCCUAGACCUGACCAAGCUGACAAACAGCAAACGCCGGACGGGACUGGCAGCUUAGUCAGCGAAGACAAAACCAAAAUCACGAGGCACCCUCGAUGGACCCGACACGAGACCUUUGUCCUCAUAGAAGGCAAGAGGGUCGUGGAGAAUGUGGUCCAGAGGGGCCGGCGAUCUACUUCAGCGUUGGGGACAGAAAAUUUUGAACCCAAGUGGGAUUUGGUCUCGUCUUACUGCAGGCAGCGCGGCGUGAGCAGAUGGCCUGUUCAGUGCAGGAAAAGAUGGAGCAAUCUGCUUGUGGAUUUUAAGAAAAUCAGGAACUGGGAGGCACAGAUAAAGCAGGAGGCCGAGUCGUUUUGGGUGAUGAGGAAUGAUGUGCGGAGGGAGAGGAGGCUGCCUGGUUUCUUUGAUCGGGAGGUUUACAACGUGUUGGUUGGAAGGGAAGUGACUGCAAUGGAAGCCUGUCCCCUUGCAUUGUUUAUGCCGGGGCAAACAGAUGCGAAGCAUGGUGAUGGGACAGAGGACGCAGCUGCAGAGGAAGAGGAUGAGGAGGAGGGACCUGAGAAAGAUUUAAAUGGCGGUGGGGAUGAUAUGGCAGAAGAUAGAUUAAGUUCAGAUUUUGAGGAGUCUGGGCAAGACGAGACAGCCAAGAAAUCAAAGAACGAAAACCUUAUGCAAGACAGUCCAACAAAAACAGUCACAAUUCCAAUGCCUAAUUCAGGUGCGAUAAAGGAGAAACUAAGUCUAGGCUCAAAGACUUCUGGAGAAAAUGUUUAUCAGGAGAAAUGGAAGCAGAGGCGGGUGUCAACAGAUGAAAGCGAACACAGCAACAUUGACCAGCUGAUCAAAGUUCUGGAAAGGAACAGCAACAUGCUGAAUGCACAACUAGAAGCUCAUAACAUAAAUUGCCAUUUUGAGAGGGAACAAAGGAAGGAGCAAAACAACAGCAUACUCGUUGCUCUCGGCAAGGUCACAGAUGUUCUAGCAAGAAUCGCCGACAAAUUAUGAUCAACCUUUGUGGUAAAGCGAAAAACUUAGGAAGCUGCAUACACAUCUUUAUCCUAGGCUCAUUUUUACUUUCUUCUUGUACCAGUUAUUGACAUAAAGCUAUCGAAUUUAUAUCUUCUAAUCUUAAAUAGUUAAUUAGAGACGACAUCAGACUCCAUAAGAGAUACAAAGAUCAUUGUUAGCUUCGUAAACUUGAUCGUUUCAUCUGGUUACUGUUAUAAUUAGCAAAUUUUUGCCAUCUAGCUAUGCAAAUUGAAAGCAGGAUACUAAAAUUUCAGAAUAGUUUCUUGGGAUCGAUGGCAAUGAAUUUAAAUUUCAUAUGAAGAACACAAAAUUGUCAUCAUACAUAUAAGAUUGAUACAUGAACAUCUAGUAUAAAGAGAACAAAGCCAUACAUACACGAAGAGGAUGAGAUUCAUGAGAACUUACAAGUAAACGAGC